CUGGUUUUUUGGGUGAAGAUUCCAACAGGACCAAGACGACGCCGUUUUGGGCACCCUUUGCUUCCUUAUUGCUAGGGACUGAAGCAUCACCCAAGCACGAAGAAGGAAGAACCCUAACAACGCAAAAAGAAAAACCACGGACACCGACUGGCGAUAAAUUGGUACUCUAGGAAACUGUGUAGCUCAAACCACAAUGUUUCACAGAGGAAGAUCGAUGGAUGGAGGUGAUGCCCGAGAAAUGGGUCUGAAAAGGCAGCGUGUGAUGGAUCAAAAUUCCUCCUAUUACUCAAUUCCACCCAUGUCAAGUUAUAUGUACAAUCCAGCCCCUCCUCCUCCUGCUCUUGACUACCCUUAUAUUGGCCAGCCUCCUCCACCUCUCCCUAUUGUCCGACUUCGAGGUCUCCCAUUUGGUUGCACAGAGGUUGAGAUAGCAGAUUUCAUGCAUGGAUUGGAUGUAGUUGAUGUGCUUUUGGUCCACAAGGGUAAAAGGUUCACAGGGGAAGCAUAUUGUGUUCUGGGGUACCCCCUUCAAGUUGAUUUUGCUCUUUCAAGGAAUAGGAAGAACAUUGGGAAAAGAUAUGUUGAAGUUUUCAGAAGCAGCAAGGAGGAAUAUUAUAGGGCUAUAACUAACGAAGUAUAUGAUGCUUCUUCUAGCAGUGAUUUUGUAGCUCCAAGGGAUAGAUCUGGUGAGGAUUUGGCAGAUCAUACUGGAGUUUUGAGGCUGAGGGGAAUGCCAUAUUCAGCGAGCAAGGAAGCUGUUAUUGAGUUCUUUAAGAAUUUUUCACUUUCGGAAAAGUCAGUUGUUAUGGUUGCUAAUUCUGAGGGAAGGCCAACCGGAGAAGCGUUUGUGGAGUUUGCUAAUGCAGAAGAGUCCAGAGCUGCAAUGGCCAAGGAUAGGAUGAGAAUUGGGACUCGCUAUAUUGAGCUUUUCCCUUCUUCUCAUGAAGAGUUGGAGGAAACUGUCUCAAGGGGCAGAAUAUUGGAGAAACCAUCCGAUGGGAAGGACCUAACAGAAAUGACGGCUGUUGUUCGAAUGAGGGGACUACCAUAUUCAGCUGAGAAGGAUGAUAUUAUUGAUUUCUUCAAAGAUUUUGUUUUGUCAGAAGAUUCAAUUCACAUUACUCGUAAUUUCGAAGGAAGACCAACGGGAGAAGCAUUUGUAGAGUUUGCAAACCCUGAAGAUGCAAAGGCGGCACUGGCAAAGGAUAGGAUGACGUUAGGGAGUCGUUAUAUAGAGCUUUUCCCAUCCUCACCUGAGGAUUUGAAUGACUCAGUCUCGAGGAGAAGGUGAGGUAGAUUUGUCUGCUGAUAUGAAUGAGUCUCUCUUGAGGCGAGGUGAUACAGAUUUAUGCUCUGUUUGUGACGUAGUUUUAUGAAUAUUAGUUGAUUUUGUUUCAGGGUUUUGCUGAAAACGAAUUCUGUGAUAUGAGGUGUUAAAAUGUUAAUACCAGACAAAAUAAUGGCUUUUUAGGUUUGUAUUUAUAUGUUAUCAAGUGUUAUGACAUUUUGGUGGUAUUCGUGUUUGGUGGGCGGUUGGUAAAGGUUUCUCUCCAUAUUUGGUUAAUCGGAUUGAAUUUGUUGAAUUU